UCUCGUUCGCGCGGCCGGCUGCCAGUGCCAGCGAACAGUUCGUGUUCGAACGUGAAUAAGUGCGCAUCGCUCCGAAAACCGAAAACCCGAAACACACAGAAAACACACUGAAAACUGAAAAGCGAAACGAGUUGCCGCUGUCAGGCGUCAGGCGUCGUCGUCCUCCUCGAGAGAGGCCACUGACAGGUUGUGAAACUCGUUUUCCGUAGAGCUAUCGUGUCGGACAUGCUUGAUAAAGUGCGUGCAAUAGCUGGAAACGAACUGUAGCUUCAAAGUGCAUUAAAAUAUUAAUAAAAAAAAAAAACAAAAAAGAAAAAAUAAAAAUAAAAACACAGUGCCUGGCUGGCAGGCACAGAAGAACACAGAAGACAGAACACAGAACACAGAACCUACCUCUACUUGCGGGCAAGGAAGUGCAUUCGACUGGGAACGAGGCUGUGGGAUCUGCCGACAGGCAGUCUUUUGAAGUACCACACCAUCCUAUCCUCCACACGACGACGGUACAUGUGUACUUCAGAGGCGAUAAGUCAGAAAAUCUGUUUGUGGCAAACACUUGAAGCGAAUAUACGAGGAUUUGCCGCCUGGCCGGCUAACAGACACCGACACAGAGAGAGAGGGAGAGAGAGAGAGAGCCGCGAAUGAGCCACAGUCGGAGCCAUCCAGCGUCAGAGUCAAUAAAAAGCAAAGUAAACGAAUAAAGAGCAAAGUCACACAAAACAAACAAAACAUUUUCCGGCUCCGGCGACAUUAGCAGAACUGCUCGACAUCGACAAUUUGUUUUAUCAAUUUUCAACAAGGCCAACACAGCAACAGCAACAGAAACAGCAACAGCAACAGCAACAACAACAAUAGAGCGCAACAUCCAACAAACCAACAAACAACAAAAGCGCCCAAAGUGCUUAGCCGCGGCCCACAGUCGAGCACGCACGGCAUCCACAUCCACAUCCACCAUCCGAGAAUCUGCCACCCCAUCGCCAUCAUCAUCCUUGGCAGUGUCGGUGUCGGUGUCGCUGUCGGUGACGGUGCCGAGAGCCCGAAGAACCCAACCCCUUGUCAAGUGUAUCGCCAGCAUCCCGGCAGCAGCAGAAUCAGAAUCAGAAGCAGCAUCGGAAUCGGAAUCAGAAUCAGCAUCCGCAUCCUUGCCGCGACCCGGGUCGGCGCCCCACAGCGAGGGAAGCUCGCUCGCGUGUUGCCGCUGUGCCGCCACGUCCUCCUUCACAUCAUCGACUCGGAGGAAGACGCCACCGACGACAAUGGCUGCAUAUGCGCAGUUUGGAUACGGCGGUUACCCGACGGCAAAUCAGUUGACGGCAGCUAACACCGACAGCCAGAGCGGCCAUGGCGGAGGAUCGCCGCUGUCCGGGACCAAUGAGGCUUCCCUGAGUCCAUCGGGGGGCUCGACCACAACCGGCCUCACCACAGGCCCCCUAAGUCCAGGUGCAGUCUCCCAGUCGUCGAACAAUGCGGGCCCGAAAGUCAUAUCCACUUCUCCGACGGUGGGAGAUGCGGCGGCAGGCAGCGAUGUGGCUGGUGGCAGUGUAUCAGCUGCGGAUCUUCAGGGCCGCCGAUCCGAGGGAAUGUCCUGCUGCGAGAACGGACGACCAAUCAUCACGGAUCCCGUUUCCGGGCAGACCGUCUGCUCCUGCCAGUACGAUCCAGCGCGACUGGCGAUUGGCGGCUACUCCAGAAUGGCAUUGCCCUCCGCUGGAGUGGGAGUGGGAGUCUAUGGCGGGCCAUAUCCAUCUAACGAACAGAACCCGUAUCCCAGCAUUGGCGUCGACAACUCGGCCUUCUACGCACCUCUGAGCAAUCCCUACGGCAUUAAGGAUGCCAACGCCAGUACCGAAAUGAAUGCCUGGACCUCUGCUGCAGGACUACAGUCCACUACCGGGUACUAUUCGUACGAUCCAACACUGGCCGCCUAUGGAUACGGCCCGAACUAUGAUCUCGCCGCACGGCGCAAGAACGCCACGCGAGAGUCAACAGCGACUCUGAAGGCGUGGCUGAGUGAGCACAAGAAGAACCCCUAUCCGACCAAGGGCGAGAAGAUCAUGCUGGCCAUCAUCACAAAGAUGACGCUCACCCAGGUGUCGACGUGGUUUGCGAAUGCGCGCCGUCGCCUGAAAAAGGAGAACAAAAUGACGUGGGAGCCCAAAAACAAGACCGAAGAUGACGACGAUGGACUGAUGUCGGACGAUGAAAAGGACAACAACAAGGAUGCAGGCGAUGGUGGGAAGCUGCCGUCUGAAGUUUUUGAUCCCAGCAAUCAACUUAUCAAAUCCGAACUAGGAAAGGCGGAAAAGGACCCGGAUGUCGAGCCGAAGAUGGAGCGAGAGCGGGAGCCGCCGCCCCAGAAUCUAGUGGCCAUGCGGAGCCUGGCACCCUACGCUGCCCCGCCGAUGCACGCGGCCUACAACUCGUAUGCGCACUCGCAGCACCAGCAGCAUCUGGAGCAUCUAGAGCAUCUGGAGCAGCAUCCGCAGCAGGUGGCGGCACCAUACUAUCAUUCUGGCUACGGCCAGGAUGACACCAGCGAAUAUGCGGCUCAAAAAAACCCGCUAAGCAGAGACUGUGGCAUACCAGUGCCGGCGACCAAGCCGAAAAUCUGGAGUGUGGCCGACACAGCCGCCUGCAAGACGCCACCGCCUACGGCAUACCUCGGCCAGAAUUUCUAUCCCCAAGCGCCAGCCUCAGAGCAACAGCAGCAGCAGCAGCACCACCAGCACCAGCAUCAGCAUCUGCAGCAUCUGCAGCAGCACCAGCAGCUCCACUCUGUGGGCCCCCAGUCCCUGGUUAUGCAGCCGAGCAGCAUGACCAUGACGAUGGGGGGGCCUCAAGUCGAGCUCGGUUCGCCGCUGAGUAUGAUGAGCAGCUACGCCGGCGCAUCGCCAUAUUCGCGGAUACCUACGGCGUACACCGAGGCCAUGGGCAUGCAUAUCGGGCCCGGCAAGAUCCCACAUACCACCCCCAUCCAUACGGUGCACCGCGAGCCGUAUCCAUCGGGGCCCAACAGCCACCAGGCGAGAGUGGGGGUGGGGUUUUCCGAGAUCCAGCCGGAUACCCCGCCCCAGACGCCGCCCACUAUGAAGCUGGGGGGCCACCACCACAUCAGCAGCAUCAGCAGCAGCAGCAACAGUUCUUCGAUGCAUUCCGCUCCCGGUCCGGCACCGGUGACGGUGGCUUCCAUGGUCAACAUUUUGUACAAUAACAACAACAGCAUUAUUAACAACAACAACAACAACAGUACUAUUACGGAGAAUAGUGCGUACAUGAGUAGUGGCGCCUAUCUCACGGAGAGCCGUGCCGGAUCGUAAUGUGGCACCAGCGAGUGGCGGCCAGUGGCGGCCAAUGGCGGCGAGUGGCCUUGAACCAGAUACCAAAUAGUACCAUAUACCACACUACUACUUACACAUUUCAAAUACACAAACAAAAACAAACACAAACAAACACACAACACACAAAACAGCCAGGCCCGAACACGGACAAGUGCAAGAGUUCGCAGAGAUGCCAACAAUAACGAUAGCGAUAGCGAUAGCGAUUACUACACUAAUUAUUUUGCAAUAAAUGUAGCUUAAGUAUGGCAAUAAAACUUUUUUUUUCCUACCAUAUCAUAAAUUAUUUCACUUUAUAACUUUAAUUAGCAUAUUUACACUCUCCACUCUCCGACUGAAGUUUUCAGACAAGCGAGAGAGACGCACACACACGUCGCGCUGCCUGCCGCCUGCCUGCCUGCCUGCCUGCCAGUCACAUCGUAAGGAGGGGGCGGGCGGGCGGGCGUGCCCGGUUCUGGAGUGUGCUCGAGACAGAGACACAGCAGUGUGUUUGUCAUGCCGUUGGGUUUGAGUCAUUCGGCUCUCCGUUCCGAGUUUAAUGACUCGAAAUAAACGCACACCACACCACACCAUACCAUACCACACGAAAGCCCCCCGCAACACAAUGAGACUCUGCCUUGAGAACAGAACUCAUUCAUCUUUUCUGUGCGGUGUGGUGUGGUAUGCUGUGGCCUCAGCAGCAUCACAUCUCAAUACAAGUUUCAGAAACAUCCAUACACUACAUCGCCGUGUUAUAAAUCACUCGAACUUUUUGUCUUAACUUGUAUUGUACACAAACUUCAAACUUCCUCCUACCUACCUACCUACCUUAAGUGCUUAAUCCACAAUACUUAAUAACAUUAAACGGCAGCUACCGCCUAAGCCUAAGCCCCCUAUUGUAAUCGUUCAAGUUGUAUUAGAGCCUAAGUCCUAUAAUGCGGAAGUGCGGCAUGCGGUGUGCGGCACACACAUAAGUUUCUCUAUCGUUCAAUCAAACAUAUAUACAGAUAUUUACGAGUAUACCAUUAAGCUUUUUCUGAACGGAAUUUUGACUUUUGAAAUAUAAGAAAUAGUCGGCCAAAUACAUAUGUAAACGUGCGUGCAACCAUGAUUAGUAAUUUAUAAUUCAUAAUAUCUUAGUCGUAUAUUACAAUUGUAGAAUGGAUAUAUACAUUUUUUUUGUUUUUUUUUGAAGUUAGGAACUUUUAGCAAAGGUAUCCCUAGUAUCUUGUUCUAACUUAUACGAAAUGUAGGUAUGUAAGUAAAAUUGUAGACAAAAUGGAGUAUCUGUGAUAUAUGCAUAUAAAUACAUAUAUAAACGAUCGAUCAGCAGCGGUAUUACCUACACAUGCCACACGUACAUACACAGUUAAUUCACAUUAAUUCUUUAGCUAUAAGAAGCACAGCACCCAUAUAUUCGAAAUAAUUUUAAACGCUAGACAGUAUCUGUAAAUAAAUAAUCGAUGCAAAUAAAAUAAAGUUUCAUUAACACAA